AUGCCUUCGUCUACCGGAGAUGAAACUAGUGCCAGAAAUGCUCACUCUGACGUUGAAGUUGUUAGCAUUUCUGAGAAGGAACCUAGGGAUUAUGCUAAAAUCUUAGGGAGAAUUGAGGCCUCUCUUACUGGAAAAGGAAUAAAUAACUUAUUUGUUACUAGAUCCAAGAGAGCAAAGACUGCUAAUUCAAUAAUGUUUUUGAGUUCCGUCAAGAACUGGAUUAUUGGAGUUUUACGCAAGGAUUCUUAUGACACCAUUGACUUUGUUGACAUCAGGAUGAUGUUAGACUUGGAUGUGACCUUGGGUAGAAGGAGUGAAUGUGGCCUAUUCUGGGGUAUAAUUGACACUGCCUUGAGGGAGAAAUUUUCUCCGGACUUAGUACCGCAAUUGAAUGAAGCAGAUGGGUUGGAUCUUCUUACUUUGUUGAAUCAAAUGUAUAAUUCAAUUGUGGAGUCUCCACUAGUGGUUCAAUACUGGGAAAAUGAUCUAGCAAAGUGUGAUCGUACACCUGGAGCCUCUGUGACGCUUGUGGAAACUUACCGGGAAGCUUGCAAUGGUUAUUUUUAUAAUUCAACUUUUAGCCUUUGCUGGAUGAUGUAUAGAGGCCAUAAAGAGUUGUUCCCAAAAGUGUUAGAUGCUUAUGAGUAUGGUACUCAACGCAGGACUAAGCCUUGGUACGAAAACCUUGGUUUGAUGAUGUUAACUUGGGAGAAACUCUUGCGGAGCAAUGCAUCUGCUGAUGAGUCAGUGAACAGGUUGAGUUUCAGGUCCAAUCGGAAGAGAGAGAGGUCUGAUGAUCAGAGAAACAAGGUUGCCGGAGGUGAUAAUUUGAAGAAGAAGAGGAAAAAGAACCUUCAGAAGUUGAAAUGUUUUGGGUGUAAACAACGUGGUCAUCUCAAGCGGAAUUGCCCAAAUAAGCAAGGUGGUCAGAAGAAGGGCAACCGUGGUAAAACUAAGGAAAUGUGCCCUCAUGAAGUUAUCCUUUAUUGA